AUGGUCAAAAGAACAAGCGCCACCAAUGGUGAUGCGUCUGAUGCUCACAGAGCUAAGAAAAUGUCCAAGACUCAUGCCUCUCGUAUCAUAAACACUCAAGAAGACUACAAGCACAUGUACUUAAGUGUUCAACCAUUGGACAUAUUUUGCUGGGGUACUGGUUCUAUGUGUGAGCUUGGCUUGGGUCCGCUCGCCAAAAAUAAGGAAGUUAAAAGACCAAGGCUAAAUCCAUUCUUACCUCGCGAUGAGGCUAAGAUCAUUUCUUUCGCAGUCGGUGGUAUGCACACCCUAGCCCUUGACGAAGAAAGCAAUGUAUGGUCUUGGGGUUGCAAUGAUGUGGGUGCCUUGGGUAGAGAUACUUCCAACGCUAAGGAACAACUUAAGGACAUGGACGCCGAUGACUCAAGUGAUGAUGAAGAUGGUGAUCUGAACGAAUUGGAAUCUACGCCAGCUAAAAUACCAAGAGAAUCAUUCCCACCUUUAGCAGAGGGACACAAGGUCGUGCAAUUGGCGGCUACAGACAAUAUGAGUUGUGCCUUGUUUAGCAACGGCGAAGUAUAUGCAUGGGGUACUUUCCGUUGCAAUGAAGGUAUCUUGGGGUUUUAUCAAGAUAAAAUUAAAAUUCAAAACACCCCAUGGAAAGUGCCUGCCUUUUCUAAGUACAAUAUUGUUCAAUUAGCUCCUGGUAAGGACCACAUACUUUUCUUAGAUGAAGAGGGUAUGGUAUUUGCUUGGGGUAACGGCCAACAAAACCAAUUAGGAAGAAAAGUUAUGGAAAGAUUCCGUUUGAAGACUUUGGAUCCCAGACCAUUUGGAUUAAGACAUGUAAAAUACAUUGCGUCAGGAGAGAAUCAUUGCUUUGCCUUGACAAAGGACAACAAGUUGGUGAGUUGGGGAUUGAACCAGUUUGGUCAAUGUGGUGUUUCAGAGGACGUGGAGGAUGGUGCACUUGUUACUAAGCCAAAAAGACUAGCAUUGCCUGAAAACGUUGUUGUUAGAAGCAUUGCUGCUGGUGAACAUCACUCAUUAAUUCUAUCUCAAGAUGGCGAUCUGUAUUCUUGCGGUAGACUAGAUAUGUUCGAAGUCGGCAUCUCAAAAGGCGAUUUGCCCGAAUAUACCUACAAAGAUGUUCAUGGAAAAGCACGUGCAGUACCACUCCCAACAAAGCUGGAUAAUGUUCCUAAGUUCAAAAGUGUCGCAGCGGGAUCUCACCAUUCAAUCGCGGUAGCUCAGAAUGGUAUUGCCUAUUCCUGGGGAUUCGGUGAAACCUACGCCGUUGGUUUAGGUCCUUCUGAAGAUGAUACUGAAGUUCCAACUAGAAUCAAGAAUACUGCAACACAGGAUCAUAACAUCAUUUUAGUUGGAUGUGGAGGUCAGUUUUCUGUAUCUGGUGGGGUUAGGCUGUCUGAUGAAGAAGUCGAAAAGAGAGCAGACGAAAUGGAUGAUUAA